GGCGAAUAUAGUCGAUAGGCAAAACCUUAUUGUAUGUCAGUUACACGCCUGUCUAUUCAUUCUAACUAAAAACCAGAGGAACACACCUUGAUCAACACUAACUAACUACCUGACUAUCUGACGGAGUGUGCCUGUGUGUGUGUGUGUGUGUGCGUGUAUCCGUUGUUAGUAAUGCCGGUAACAGUUAGAAUACCUUUUCCCUACUUACUUACUUACUUACUAUAUCCAGAAUAAUUAUGAACAAGCAGAAAUGUGCUUAUAUCCUGUGCUAUCUAUUAUAUCCUGAUGCUUAACUCUUCAUUAGAACUAUUUUAAUCGAUCCACGUAUAUAAAAUAUACACAUAAAAAAAAACAUUUUUACAGAAGAAAAGACACCGAAAGAGACAGAGGAGUGAGACACUGGCUGUGGGAACAAACAAAAAACCAGUCAGCCAGGAAACAAGCAAAAACUCUUCUAAGUCUUUUUGUCUUCUCUCCAUAAUACCCCUUGUUUUAACAAAUCUGUGAAAAAUCCCGCAAAACCUUCAAGUGAAAGAAGUUUUUUUCUAAAUUUUCCAUCACUCAAUCUGUGCUAAAAAGAAGUACAUUCAUUACAUGACAGAUAGAUGACAAUGAAACCGCAUAAAGACUACAAAUUUAUCAAUAAAUAUUCCACUUAUGGAUUUAUUCUCGUAAAUGUUAUAUUCCUACUAUGUAAUAUUUGUAUAACACCAACGAAUGGUGCAGCAACAUGCAUACCAUCACCGAAUUGCACAGAAUGUACAUGUAUGGGAAUUCCAGGACCUAAGGGUGAUCUUGGAGCUCGAGGACAUAUCGGUAGACCAGGUCCAGUUGGAUCACGAGGACUACCUGGACUUCCCGGUCCAGAAGGUGAACGUGGUAUACCUGGUAUCCCAGGAGAUCCUGGUCCCAAAGGAAUAAUGGGUGAUAAAGGUGUUAUGGGUGUUCCAGGCGUUGAUGGACUUAAGGGUGCGCUUGGUGUCAAAGGACCAAAAGGUUUUCCAGGUGAAGAAGGAUGUUGCGGGGCAAAGGGACCUAAAGGUCUUAAAGGUACACCUGGUAGUUAUGGAUUCGAUGGUCUCGUCGGUGAACGAGGUUUGAAAGGUCCAAAGGGUGAUAAAGGUGAACCAGCUAUUGUUGAUGGUGUUGAUGGUAUGGGAGAAAUGGGACCAAAAGGUGAAAAAGGUGAACGUGGUCUAAAAGGUCUUCGUGGUCGAGAUGGUGAUAAAGGUCAACCUGGUAUAGCUGGACCAAAAGGCUAUCAAGGAAUGAAAGGAGACCGUGGUGAAGCGGGCAUCAAAGGUGAAAAAGGCGAUACACCCACACCAAUUUCCUUACCAUAUGCAGAACCUGGUGAAAAAGGUUUCAAAGGUGAAAAAGGCACAUCUUAUGACGAAUCACCAUUGAUCAAAGGCCAGAGGAUAGGGAUAAAGGGUGUUAAAGGUCUUACUGGUCCAAGAGGUGAACCCGGCGAUGAAGGUUCUCCAGGCCCAAGAGGUAGUCCAGGAAUAAAUGGAGUACGUGGACCUCCAGGUCCUGUUGGAGAUGAAGGUUCAAUGGGAAAGUUCGGCAAACCUGGAGCACCUGGCAUCCCUGGACCACCUGGACGACUUGGACAAGAUGGUCUACCUGGACCGCCUGGUCAACCUGGUUAUCCUGGACCAAAAGGAGACAAAGGAUAUCCUGGUACACAAGGACCUAAGGGUGAAAAGGGUGUAAAAGGUGAAACGAUUGAUGUCGACGCAAUGCCUGGACCUGAUGGAGAUAUUGGUGAACCAGGUGUGAAGGGUGAACGAGGUGAUCCAGGCCCAUAUGGACCAAGAGGUCUUCCUGGUGGACGUGGACCCCGAGGAGAUCCUGGGCCUAAAGGUGAUCCAGGCCCUGGUUACGCUCAGGUUAUCGUUGGUGAAGUUGGAAGGAAAGGAGAGAAGGGUUUGCCUGGACUCGAUGGGAAACGUGGUAAGACAGGAAGACCUGGCAUCCCAGGACCUAAAGGAGAGAAAGGAUAUCCUGGACGUGAAGUGUAUGGCAAAAAAGGUGAUAAAGGUGUACGUGGAUUUCCUGGACCUAUUGGACCACCAGGUGAUCGUGGAGCUGCUGGUAGGCCAGGUCCAAUUGGUGAUCGUGGAGAAAUCGGUCCAAGUAUUGAUGGUCCACCAGGACCUAAAGGAAUCAAAGGUCAACCUGGUUUACCAGGUAUACGUGGUCGUGAUGGUGAUCCUGGUCCUCCUGGAGAAAAAGGCGACUGUACCGUAUGUCCAGAUGGAAGACCUGGUUCAUCAGGACCUAAAGGUUUCCGUGGUCAGCCAGGAGUGCCUGGAGAACCAGGUUUGGAUGGUUCACCAGGACAAAAGGGUCUGCCAGGAGCACAAGGACGAGAUGGUCUAGUUGGUAUCCCUGGUCAAAAGGGUGAAAAAGGUGAACGUGGAAAUGAUGGAGCUCCUGGACCUAAAGGUGAACCAGGUCCUGUUGAAAUAGUAAAUGUCACAGUACCAGAAGCACCACGUGGUGAUGUGGGUCGUCCAGGUCGGGCUGGAGUAGUUGGUGAACAAGGUCCAAAAGGUUUUCCUGGUCCUAAAGGUCUACCUGGUCCAGAAGGUUCAAAGGGUGAUACAGGUUUACCAGGGUUACCAGGCUUCAGUGGAACCGUUGGAAAACCGGGAAGACGUGGUGAACCAGGUCGUGAUGGAAUUGUAUUUGAUGCCCAGAAGGGCGCUCCAGGUAUUCCUGGUCGAGACGGCAUCAAAGGUGAAAAAGGAGAGAAAGGAGACAGGGGUAUGGACAAUAUUGUCGAUCAAAUAUUUGAAUAUAUCAAAGGUGAAAUGGGUCCGAAAGGAUAUCCAGGUGACAAAGGAUUAUCAGGAUUUCCAGGGGAAAAAGGUAGAGAAGGCGAGAAAGGUAUUCCUGGAAUACCUGGAAAACAAGGGAAACCAGGUUUUCCUGGUCCACAAGGAGCUCCAGGUCAACAAGGUGACAAAGGUUUUAUUGGACCAAAAGGGCCUAGAGGCAUUCCAGGACCAGCUGGUGGACCUGGAAUUAAAGGAGCUAAAGGUCUUCUAGGUCCUAAAGGUUUUCCUGGAAGUCCUGGUGAUAUGGGUGAACGUGGGCCUCCUGGUUUGCCUGGCACUUCAGCAGUUGGAGAAAAAGGCGAAGAAGGUACACGAGGUCUCCCUGGUCCAGUUGGUAGAAAAGGAAUACCAGGAAUUAAAGGAGAGAAGGGAGUUAGGGGCGUUGAUGGACUUCCUGGACUAAAUGGACCGAAAGGAGAAAGAGGAGAUCAAGGACCGAAAGGUGACAUUGGAGAACCAGGUGAAAUUUAUCAAGGAGUCAAGGGGCCUAAAGGUAUAAAAGGUGAACGCGGUCGACAAGGCAUUGAUGGACCUAAAGGAGAACCUGGAGAAGACAGAUUCCCUACAGUUGCACUGAAAGGUGCUCCUGGUCAGCCAGGACCACGUGGGCCUGAAGGACCGAAAGGAUUCCCAGGAAGUGUAGGCUUGCCUGGGAAAGUAGGCCCGAUGGGACCUAGUGGAAUUCCUGGACCUCCAGGUGACAAAGGUGAUGCUGGCUUGCCUGGUCAAUUUGGCCCUAAAGGUUUACCAGGAGAACCUGGAGAUGAAGGCCCAGAUGGACCACGAGGAGAAACCGGUGAUGAGGGACCAAGGGGUGUUCCUGGAGCGGCAGGACCAAAAGGAUUACCUGGACUAAUGGGUCCCAAAGGACUUCCAGGAGAACCAGGAGCUGCAGGAGUUGGACUUAAAGGGCAGAAAGGUUUACCAGGAAUUAAAGGUGUAAGGGGUUUACCAGGUGAGCCUGGCGAUGAUGGAAUACCAGGCAGAAAAGGUCUUCCAGGUCUAGCUGGUCGAGCAGAAAAAGGUGAAAAAGGAGAGAAAGGAUUAAAGGGUGCACAACCACCUCCAGGACCUAAAGGAAGACCUGGUCAAAUGGGUUCAAUGGGUGAAACAGGUGAUCCUGGACCUGUAGGUCCUAUUGGUGAGAAAGGAAAUCGUGGAAUUCCUGGACCAGCUGGACGUCCUGGUCGAACUGGUGCAAUCGGUGAACCUGGCGACUCUGGACCAAGAGGUCUACCAGGGCUGCCUGGACCACUGGGUGAUAAAGGUGAAAAAGGUUUACCAGGCACAACACUUCGAGUGGCUGAUGUUGGUGAAAAAGGUGAAAAAGGUCAACCUGGUGUACCUGGUCCACCUGGACCUAAAGGUAGACAAGGUCCAAAAGGUGAUACAGGACCUCUAGGUCAACCAGGCAAAGAUGGUCUACCCGGUCAACCUGGUCCUAUGGGACCAAAGGGUGAAAAAGGAAUACCUGGACCAGAAGGACCACGAGGCGUUGAAGGACAACCAGGUCCAAAAGGUAUUAAAGGAUUUAUUGGUCCCAAAGGAUUCCCUGGAUCAGUAGGUCCUCCUGGAGAGCGUGGUCCUACUGGAGAUCGUGGUGAAGUAUCAAGAUCACUAACUGGACAGAAAGGUGAACGUGGUCCAAUGGGUUUACCUGGGCCAAUGGGUAGAAAAGGUGAUCCAGGAGAAACUGGGCUAAGAGGCGCCCCAGGUGACGUAGGAGAACCAGGCCCUGAUUUGGUUGGAGCACCUGGAGAAAAAGGAAGCCCUGGACCAACCGGCCGACCAGGAGUUCCUGGAAUGAGAGGACCUAAAGGAAUGAAAGGUGUAUCACCAAGGGAACCUGGAGAACCUGGUCCUAGAGGUGCUGAUGGACCACCGGGUAUCAAAGGUGAACGUGGACCAAAAGGAUUUGACGGAUCUAUUGGUAGAAAAGGAUUGCCAGGUUUGAAAGGUGAACAAGGGUCAAAAGGAAUUUCAGGUCAACCAGGAAGACCUGGUAGUGUUGGUGAGAAAGGUGAACGAGGACCACCAGGAAUUCCAGGUGAAAAAGGCAACAAAGGUAUUAAAGGUGAAAUGGGUCGUCCAGGAUUACCAGGCCAGAAAGGUGAAAGUGCAUUUGCUAUUGUUGGAAUGAAGGGAGAAAAAGGAAUACGAGGAGAUGAUGGAUUAAUCGGUCCCAAGGGUUUACCAGGAGUUGAUGGAGCUCCUGGUUCUCCUGGUCCAAGAGGUGAACCCGGUGAUGCUGGUGAACCAUCGCCUAGAGGUCCUAAAGGUUAUCCAGGUCCACCUGGUGAAAAAGGAUUUAUGGGUCCAGAGGGAACGAAAGGUGAAGUUGGUCCAAUUGGUGAGCAAGGAGCACCAGGAGGCAUUGGGGAUACACGCGGUAACACUGGACAUUUAUUUACUGUUCACAGUCAAACAACACGUAUACCAUCAUGUCCAUCAUCAACGCGUAAGCUAUGGGAAGGUUAUUCAUUUUUAAGUAUGACUGGUUCAGAAAGAGCUCAUGUCAAUGAUUUAGCCAGUCCAGGUUCAUGUUUACAACUAUUCAAUCCAAUACCGUUUAUGUUUUGUGAAAAACAAGAAAAUUGUUAUUAUGCUCAACGUAAUGAUCGAAGUUAUUGGUUAAGUACAGAAGAAGAACCAAUGAUGUGGAAUCCAGUACCAGCGAAUGAAACACAAAGACAUAUAAGUCGUUGUGUUGUCUGUGAAGCACCUAGUAAACUUUAUGCUUUCCAUUCGCAAACUUUGGAAAUCCCAAGGUGUCCUGAUGGUUGGUCAACUCUAUGGCCUGGAAGUAGUUUUCUAAUGGUAGGUUAUGCAGCUGAGGAGUUAUUUUGUUGUAUUGUACACACCAAAUCCCACAUAGUGGGUACAAUUAAAUGUAUUUUGAGAAAUGAAAAUAACCUCUUGUUAAAGACGGUGACACUGUCAUAGGUCUUGAUUCUAAAUGACAUCACAAAUCCAAAUGAGAUAAUACUGAAGAAAUAUAUGGUAAGUUAUGGACAACGUCUUUGAGUUCGGCACUGAGUGUCACAGGUUUAAAACAUAUAGCCAACAUGAGUUCUCCAAUGGGAUGGAUUCGUUUUAUUCCUUUGCAAUCUGAGUGGAGCAUAAGGCUUCAAGCUGUGAGGUCUCAGGAGCAGUAGAGUUAUUUCUUUAUGGUGUGGGUUUGCUGGUUCCAUGCAUCAUCUCUCUCCUUUCACUGAGCUUACUACUAGUCAAGUAGUAUUUAAGAGUACGUCAGCGGCGAUUUGAACUCCUACCGCUGGGCCAUUGACGAAACUGGACGGAUAGGCUGGUGAAAACAAAACGCCACAAAAGCUAAUUUCGUAACUUCUUGCUGAUAGGAUUCUCCUAAAAUAAAGUACUAAACGGCAUUACACCAUGGUGCACAGCAGUAUAAGGCGUUACUGCCCUCCCAGCUGGUACAGUAUAGUCUACACACUUUAAACUUCGUGAUCACAUUUGUUGCUUACCCUGGUGAGCACAAACCUCUUCAAAAUUCUCAUCUCCGAUACGUUCAUCUGCCGUGGAACAGAGGAGGACAGCAAGUAUGGGAGCUUUACAUAAUUUGCUUGUACAACCAAAUAGAUGUUAUGGAAGUGAUUCAGAUUAGUGCAAGAUAAGUUGGCUAUCAGUAUCUAAAUCAGAAUUUCAUAAAAAUGUAAGCAACUCUGUGGAGACAACGAUAAUCAAAUACAAAGUCGCAACAAAUCCUAAUUUUGAAGAAGCCAGGUUUCAUAGGUAUGAAGCCAAACUGUACUCAUCGAAGCGCUGUGAACUUGACUAAAAUUGCAGCAAUGCCAUUUUUUUAACCAAGAGUGAAGUAUGGCAUAUAAUCACUACGAAAUGCGACAGCCUGUACACUGUUGAUUAGAUUACGUGUUCUAGCAAAUGGCAGAGGAUAUACACAUAAAGCUCUUCGCAAAUUAGUCUUCUAUGCAAUUUCUAGUUAGCCGAAAGCGACAGUAGUCAAUAUGUUCGUUACUAAUGUUGGUAGAAUAAUACCUCGGUGUUUGAAGAUAUGCACGAUGACGGCCAAUUUCCACACUAAUAGGAUACUCUCACUCUUCUCAAUUCAGUAGUCUCCUCUAUUAUUCUCACUACCAUCCUUAAAAAUAGUCAGAGGUAAGUUACCUGGACCGAGAGGCUUAGGGCAGUUCCCUGCGAACCUAUACUUAAGUAGAUUAGUGUUAACUGACUAUGAAGUAUUUUGUCUUAUAGCGUAGAGUACAGCGUAGUUUUUUAAAGUUCUGUGACCAACAUUUCAAGUAUCUCUGAAGAUUAUUUAUCGGCUUAGCAUCUGCUUCAAAAACAGAUUUCACUGAAACCAGAUUGUUUUUUUAGUUGCAACUGCAACAGCUUCCGAUUGCUGAGAAUUGAAGUCAUCGCCCCUCUGCCACCUUAUAAACACUAUGGAUUACCAGGCUUCUCAGCCAGUAUGUAAGGAUUGUUUACUCAGACAGUAUUACUCAGAUGACUGUUAUGGAUAUCUGAAAAAAAAUGCAGGGAACUAGGUAAAACGUCUUUCUCCAGAUAAAUAAACGGAUAACUCGAAUACCCGUGUGACAGACGAAGGAGAACUAUAAAGCCAUAAAAAAUCACGUUUCAAAGUUGAGAAGCUAUUCUUGAUAUGAUUAUGAACUAUAUUGUGUUCGAAAUGCCAUUCGAUAGAAAAAAUACUGCCUCAAUGUAUGAUAUAUCUAUUGGACCCUUACCUUACUCCCAUACCACUCAGCAAAGGAUAAAUAGAUGAAGAUUUCUGAAGAUCUGAAGAGAAUUACCUUCUUUAUCCUACUUUGAGCUGGUAAGAUAAGCCUAUAAUGAUUGCAGUGACCAAGAAUAUUACAAAAAUCGACUUUAUAGUUAAGUGAGGAAUAUGCGAUAUUGUCAACAAAACUAGUUACAAGAUUGUGUGAACAUUCUUAGCUCUCACAAUAAGGUAUUACUCUGAUGAUAUUAGAUAGUUGGAGGUAAUCGGCCACAGGAAGCCUUGGCCCCGGGUUUCGUGCUAGUUGGUAAUCAUCAGCAAAACGUAUCUGCAACUGUGAAAGGACUCCUGUCUCUUCCGAGGUUGGAACCCGCGCCACCCUGUGUGAGCUGCAGUCAGCGAUGUUACCACUGAGCUAUUCGGCCUAGCGACUGACCUCCUGCAGGACUGUAGUGGGCACUUUAAUUGAACACUAGUAAUUAGUGCGAUGUGUCUAGUCCUUUCUUUGGUGCAAACUGAAUUCUAUCAGUCAGGUUUGCAGUGUGGCCACCAUUCUAGGUAGCUCAACAUCACGGUAUUACUCUAUUAUCCGUGGGCUCAAAUAAUAUGUAAACACCCAGACUAAUGUUGUUCGGCUUUUUUAGUAGAUCAUUUCUUGAGCUGCAGAAGUUCAGAUUUGAACAAUCAGUUUAGGGAUACCAACUAAACUUCCACCGGAGAUGAGUAUGUAAGCCGACGAUUGGAAUGAGUGAUUUUCAAUUCAUUAAUACAAAUUAGUAUACAAAAGCAUGAUAACAGCUGUUUUAUUUUUCAUGUGAGGAAAAUGGCUAAAAGUUGACCGAUAAAUGUUAGACACGCCACGUGUUUACAACAGACUGCUGAAGACUUUCAUGAACAUUUCACUUCGCUGGCUCCAUGGUGUAGGUAACACAUGGUCAGCCAAGAAGAAUCAGCAGCAAGAAACUCUAGAAACGAGGCAAUCAAUAACCUAUUACUCAACAAAUAUACUGAAGAAAAUGCAAAUGUAUCUGACACACGCUUGGUGACAUCGUGCGUCAGACAGACACUCCAGUGGAAGGUGAAUAGGAAAUGUGCGUCGGUGGCACAGUGGUUAGGACUCUCGCCGACCAUGCACAUGGUCCGGGGUUCAAGCCCACGCCGGCGCAUACCUGAUAUCUAUGGUCGGUCUGCGAAAUUUGGGCUACCGAUAUCCAUGCUGAAAAUUCCAUACUUGUACCAAAAAUACAGUGUGGAAUCAAGCUGUAAAUC